ACAGCUGAUCAAAGUACAAGGUGGAAACAGAACGCAGAUCAAUAUAUUUAAGAUAAACUGUUUUUCCCGAUUAUCCACUGUAGGUUGUUGUCCAUAAACAUGUCAUUCCUGCGCAAAUCUAUAAAACUGAUAAAUUCUGCUGGUGCAGCGCGAUACAAUGCUAAAAUGCUUGGCUGUGUUAGUGUACAACGCUACUAUAGCGCAAAAGGGCAACAGCCUACCACGUUUCCAGGUGCUCGUGAUGCAGCGUUUGUUAACACGCUAAAGCUAACAAUGCCAGAGGAUUAUGCGCCCAUACCAAUCUAUCGCGUAAUGGAUCGCGAUGGUUACAUACUCAACGAGAGUGAAGAUCCUCAACUUAGUCGGGAGACAGUAGAGAAAAUGUUUCGCGACAUGUUGCUACUCUCUACUAUGGACAAAAUAUUAUAUGAGUCGCAGCGUCAGGGACGCAUAUCGUUCUACAUGACCAACUUUGGUGAGGAGGCGUCGCAUAUUGGAAGCGCAGCAGCGCUGAAUAUGCAAGAUAUUAUCUACGGACAGUAUAGAGAGGCAGGAGUUUUAGUCUGGCGUGGUUUCCGCAUUGAUCAAUUUAUUGAUCAGUGCUACGGUAAUGUCGAUGAUCUUGGUCGUGGCAAGCAGAUGCCUGUACAUUAUGGUUCCAAAGAGCUUAACUUUGUAACCAUCUCGAGUCCAUUGUCUACGCAAAUACCGCAAGCUGUUGGCGCUGCUUAUGCGCUUAAGCGCCGUCCCGAUAACGAUUCCUGCGUGGUCUGUUAUUUUGGCGAGGGCGCUGCCUCUGAGGGCGAUGCACAUGCUGCUUUUAACUUUGCUGCUACUUUGGAGUGUCCAGUUAUAUUAUUUUGCCGUAACAAUGGUUUUGCGAUCUCAACGCCUUCUAAUGAGCAGUACCGCGGCGAUGGAAUUGCUGGACGUGGUCCGAUGGGCUAUGGCAUUGCUACCAUACGCUGCGAUGGCACCGAUGUAUUCGCCGUGUACAAUGCAAUGAAAAAGGCGCGCGAGUAUGUGCUGCGCGAGAAUAAGCCCAUUGUGUUUGAAGCGUUGGCCUAUCGUGUAGGUCAUCAUUCAACCUCGGAUGACAGCACUGCCUAUCGCUCAGCUGAUGAAAUUGAAGUCUGGAAUACAUUCGAGCAUCCCAUAUCCAAGCUAAAGAGUUAUAUGAUCCACAAAGGCUGGUUCAAUGAGCAUGAGGAGACCGAGUUUGUCAAUGGUGUGCGCAAACAAGUGCUCAAGCAAAUUGCGAUUUCCGAGAAGAAACUAAAGCCGAACUGGCGCGAGAUGUUCGAGGGUGUGUACGAGCAAAUGCCUGAGCAUUUGCUGGAGCAGCAACGUGAGAUGGAGCGUCACAUUGAAGCUCAUAAGCAGCACUAUCCACUGAAGAGCUUCAAACAAUAGGCCGUUGAGAGUUCUAUAAAGCCGA